CUUUCAUGUGUAUUUGCCAUCAGAAUUUCUUUGGAGAACUGCCUGUUCAGCUCCCCUGGCCAUUUUUUUAUUGCAAUAUUUGCUUUUUGUUUGUUGAGGUGUGUUAGCUCUUUAUAUAUUUUGGACGUCAACCCUUAAUCGGAUCUGUCAUUUAUGAAUAUAUUCUCCCAUACUGGAGAAUGCCCUUUUGUUCUAUUGGUGGUGCCCUUUACUGUACAGAAGCUUUAAAGCUUGAUAUCGUCCCCUUUGUUCAUUUUUGCUUUUCUUUCCCUUGCCUGGAGAGAUAUAUUCAUGGGAAGUCACUCAUGUAUAUGUCCAAGGGACUUCUGCCUGUCUUUCUCUAAGAGUUUUAUGGUUUCAUGGCUUACAUUCAGGGGUUCGAUCCAUUUUGAAUUUACUUUUGUGUGUGGGGCUAGGCAAUGAUCCAUGUUUCCUCCUUUCUUACAGCCAUGACCUCGGGCUUUGGAGCCGUGACCCAAACCACCAGCUGUGGGAACAAUACAUCAGUGAACGGCAGCACCCUCUCCUCGCCCUUCACAUCCAGGGCAUCAGCAGGCCCCACUGGCAGUGGGGGUUUUGGGAUGAGCAUGGCUGCACCCCACAGCAGCUCCACCUCUGGGGCAUUCGGCGUUGGGUCAGGUCGGAGUGGGAGAACUGGUCUCAAGAACCCUUUCUGGGGAGCGUUGAAACCGAGCUCCCUGGAUGCAGCUGGCCAGAGCACACCCUCUACCUUCCACCUGGCCAGUACACCUCAGGACACGUCUGGGAUUGCAGCCAUCACCUUGGCCUUUGCAGCUAUGACCCUGACCACCAGCAGCGGGACCUGUAGGUCAGUCUUUGGCAGCACCACCUCAUUGCCCUUUACAUCCAGGGUGUCAGCAGGUCCUGCUGGCAUUCGGGGCGUUCGGAUGAGCAUGACUACCCCCCACAGCAGCUCCACCACUGGGACAUUCGGCGUUGGAUCUGUACGUAGUGGGAGAACUGGUCUCAGGAACCCUUUCUGGGGAAAGUUGAAUCCGAACUCCGUGGAUGUGGUUGGCCAGAGCACACACCCUCUAUCUUUCACAUGGCCAGCACACGUCAGGACACCUCUGGGAUUGCAGGGUGCUGUCUCUCUCUGAAGUUGCCUGCACUUUUUCUGUAAGCACUUUAAAUAAAACUUUUCCUCUGCUUCACUGCUGUGUCUCUGCCUUUUGAUUCUUUUUUGCGGUGGAGACAAGGACCAAGGAAAAUAGACAAUGCUACCCCAACAACCCCACCCCAUCUUCAAGGAAUAUCCAGGUCACCCUGACUAGAGAGACUUGUGGCUUACCAAAGGUUCCAGGUCCAGCAAAGCCCUGGGCAGGUGCUGAGGACACCACAGAGGAGAGGCUGCUGCCCAAUGCACCUACCCCAGGGGUGUUCUGACCAAAGGUGGGUGUGGAUGUGCCUAGAAUGGAGAGACUGCAAAGAAGUGGAAACUAGGCCCACAAGCAAAAGGUGUCAAAGCAGGCGGUAAUGAACUGGGGGGAGGUGAGCUUGCAAACGCAUCCCCACAGGAUCCCUUAGCCCACACCACUAUCCAGCUCACCCCUUGGUAAGGAAGCACACGGGUGACUGGGUCCUAACCCCUGUGCUCCAGGUGAGCCUGCCCCCCCACCACUGCAGCAGAGCCCGAGCUGUCCUUUGGCCACCUGAGGAGAACCUUUGCACUCCCUUGGGCACCACAACUCAGCUGAGGGGGACACUGAGUGGACCUCUCUUCUAUCAGGACUAACGUUAUGUCUCCUCCCCGUUUGCCUGCCACCUCUCCUCUACUUCACCGCAGCCCCACCCCACAGUCAGCCCCCAUCCUCCCAGAGGCCCACUCGAACUCGGUCUCCUGCACAUGCUUGCCCUCAUGGAGUCUCCUGCCCAGUGCUGGGCUACCCUCCACAGCAGCUCUCUGGGAAGGUCCUCUCACAUGUAACUGUAUCUGUCUAGGCCUGAGGUGGGGAGGGUGCCACCCGAGGUGCUGACCUUGCAAUGUACUCUUCCCCCACACCCAACCUCAGGGGGUCACACCUUAUCACAACCCGGAACUGCUCUUGCCCCUAGAUCUCGGCUGCGAGCACAGUGCUGUCCCUGCUCCCGUGCCAACCGCACCCACUCUGGAUCGUCUGCCUCAUCAGGGCCUGUAGUCAGCCCCCUGCUCCUCCUGUUCCCUGUGCCAUUUAACCAGGUUGGGUUUACUCUCUAUCCACUGAUUUUAGGUCCACACCUCAAGACUGAAUGUUGCUGGACAGACACAACUGUGCUGACUGGCCUUGCUUCAAAUUCCUAACCACAAUUUCCCAGACUUCAGAACUGCCCGGCACAGCUCUCACACGUCGUUUUCUCCCCCUCUCCAAAAUGACUACUGAGAGAGGCCCUCCUUGGUACACAACUCCCUCUAACCCGCGCCAAGGAGCACUUAUAUUCAUUCAGUGAGGAAAACGGAAUCUACCAGGGCCCAAACUACUUAUCAUGCAUCUUCCACAUGGCAAAUAAAAUCACUUCCUUCUGCCUGAAAUUCUAUAGUGACUUCCAUUAGUAUUUUAACAAAAACAUUUUAAAAGGCCAUGAAAGAUCUUCCUUUCUGCUGUCUCUUAAUGUCAAUUUAUCCCACUUUCCUUUUUAAACCUCUGGCCACAGCUGGCUCUUCUCUGCUCAUGAAAACAUUAGGCUUGUGUCUGCCUUUGGGCCUUUGCUCCUGUGCCUGCAAGGUCCUCACCCCCAGCCACUGUCCCUGCUCCCAACUCUGGAACUAUCGCCAUGGCCUCCGUUUUCUGUUGUCUCAGAAAGGCUGCCACUGACCACCUAAAUAGCUCCUCUGGUCAUGAGUUAUACCGCUUCCUGACACUGUUUACAGAUAAUAUCUGUGAUAACAUCUCUCUCUUCACCACAGCGUACAGCUCCUAGACCGGAGACUGUGUCAGCACUUAAAACAGCACCUGGCACUGCAGACCGAGCUGAUGCAGGCCAUGCUGCUCAUGCUGUUUGACAAGGUCCAGGCACGAGGAGGAAUCCUGAAAACAGGAAACCUCAUAGCUGGCCCCUGCUAAUUCCCGCACUUAUUUUUGCAGUUAUGAUGUUGGUGAUUGGGCUCAUAUAUGGGAAAUCUUAUGUAAUUAAGAUUUAUUCACUUUUAGUAAAUAACAUAACCCAAAAUAUUGAUCAAAGCAGCAAUUCCGGAAAUGAAAGCAGUGUUAUGGGACCAACCGUUCCAGGCGUACUGCCACAAAUAAGUGAGGCAGAACAGCCCAGGCCUCUCUUAAAACUAGAUGCAGUUUGUCCUCCCCUUUGUAACAAUUCAAACAUGACUAACCAGGAUUUCUUUAGAAUAUUGGCAGAGAAGGAGUUAUGGGAACCUAGGCCAUGGAAAAACCCAUUCUCCCAAGAAACUUAUAUGAAACAGCAAAGUAAUAAAGAUUAAUAGUCCCCACUGCCCAGGGCCCCCCUUAUGUUGCUUAUAAUAUUAGAAGACACCUCUGGUAACCCUCUCAUAGGAAGAAUUUAUGAUCAAAAUAAAAUUUAUAUUGACAAAUAUCCCAUAUAUAAAAGUUUAUGAUAAAUUUAUAAAAUAUUAUUAUAUUAAUAGUAAGGUAGUAAGAGCAGAUUUAGUGUUAUUAUAUAAAGGAUAAAGAGGACUGCAAGGCCCUGGUGCCUGUAAACGCAGGAAGAAAGGUGUAAACAUCUGAAAUUGUGGAAUGAAUAUUAUAAAAAAAUAAGGUGUUUUUAUUGUAUUCAUAGGAAUGUUAAGGAAUGGGUGAUAGGAGUACCGUCCCUAGAUUUCAGAUGUAAGCCUCAACCCACAUGUGUAGGAUAGGAUUUAAUUAAUAAUAUAGUUACACUUAAUAACCAAAAGACAUAUAGAUUGCAUUUUAUAUAACCUGCUUAAACUUUAUAUAGCCUUAGACACAUAUCUAAAAGUCUAUAUAAUCUUACACGCUUAAAGUAAAAAUCAUAGCCCACACGCUUAACCCACACGCUGUCUUACGCCAUUUUCUGUUUAGCACCUAACACGUAGCUUACAUGAUUUACCAAUCAAAAUAGACUAGGGGAAAGUUAAAAAUUAAAUCUUAAAUGGCUACUAUUAGAAGAAAUAAUGAUAUUUCCUUAAGGGUAAUAAGCUGAAAUUAUGUAAACUGACAGAAAAAGUAAUGUAUUAUUCAUAAUUUUAAAAAAUGUUCAACAUUAUGAAAACCGUAGAAAGAUACAAAAAUGAAGACCCUGCCGCUUGAUGUCAGGAGAUGUUACAACUUUAAUUGUGUGUUUUGUCUCCUCAUUCAUCUCACUCGCUGACGCUGUCCUUUCCUUCGUGACCCACACCUCAGCUGGAGCUGGACUCCGGCACCGAGCCCAUUCCAAAUCUGAUGUGCAAACACAGACGUUUUCUGAGGCUUGCUGGCCACGUGGAAGGCAAAGGGUGUGCUCUGGCCAGCUGCACCCAGGGAGUUCUUACUCAAGCCACCCCAGAAAGGGGCUGUGCCACCACUGCUCCCACUCUGUCCUCCCCAAAGCUGAA